AUGAUAUCCAUAGAUUCAAUGCAAGUAGCAUCUAUUGAAUAGGAACUGGGAUAACAAUAAUAUUUAUAAGAUGAUGGACAACACUCACAAUACAAAUUCAAAUAUUCAUCAUACGUAAAUAUUGCAUUUGACUCCAGUUCCAACUGCUCGCAAAUUAACUACGUAAUCUAGCAUCAAUAUGAACUAGAGUCGAGACAUCAAGAUUCAUAGGCUCUAAUUCUAUGGAAGCAACAACAACAAUAAUACGAAUACUAACAACAAUAACCUAAGUAAUCAAAUCAGGAUAAAUAAUCAACCUAAAGAGAAUGA